ACAAAGAAAUCUCUUAAAAAUAACUUGAGAAAGUUUGAACUAUUUUUUUAGGCUGCGAACAGUCACAUGGGCAAUAACUACAAAUGGGGCCGGAGGAAGUUUGAACCAUAGAUUGUACGGAGUACUGUAAUAAUCAACCGGUAGACUGUGAAAAACCUCAAAGAACAACCAUGGCAAAACCCUCUCCAGGCUCUCCUAUAAUCUCUCUCCUCCUCCUCUGCCUCUUAGUAUUCACCCCACCAAACCCCACCGAUGCCUUAGUUUCCUACUCCCAACUCCGCACCCUCUUAUCCCUCUCCCACUCUCUCUCCUCCCGUGUCGCCACCCUUCGCGCCUCCCGAGGCGACACCGAGGGAGCUCGCCGUGCUCGUUUUAUCGCCGGAAAGCUUAAUUACGGCUUGGGACUCAAGUUAUGGCCCACCAUCUGGUCCAUGGGCUGGGACUAUCUCCGAAACUAUGCCUGGCGCGAUACGAUGUCAUUUCGGGACGCAUUUGGUAUCGCCGCCGAUUUUAACGAGUUACUGAGUUCACUUAGUGAGUUGACUCGUUUGAGGUCGGAUUCUCAGAGAGCAGCGUGGGUUGCUCGGCAUUACAAGAGCGUGCUUCGCGUCUCCAAGUCUAUGUUCAAUCGGCUACUCUCAGUGUUUAGCAAAUCCGGGCCUUUGAGAGAAUUGGUGGAGACAUUGAAGGAAGAAAUGGAGGGGUUAUUUAAUGUGAGAUGCAAACUUCCUUGUCCUGUAAGGAAGAACGCAUUAGCUACCCUCGGCCCUUGGAGGUUGACCCGCCUUGACAGUGGAAACCUCCUCCGAUGCUAAAGUAAGUGUUUAAGCGGAGAGAACUUAGGGAGAGAAUAAAACAAGAGAAAGCACAAAAUGUCAAAACGAAUCCCCAAUAAAGUAUGUAGUGUGUAUUUAUAGUAGUAUUUACAGACUCAGCGGUCGUCAGGCACGCUGAGAUUUAACCACGUGAACGGUUAAUAUGUUUAUGGAAAUGCCAGAUAGGAAUUAACUAGCUGAUAAUAUACACAAAUGUAUUUACACUGGUCUUUGUGGUAUAAUUGGUUGUAGGCUGUCAGUGUGGCAUCUCGGCUAGGUUAUGGAAGUCGGGUCGAGGGUAGGGAUUCUAUCUAGAAUCUAGCAUACUAAUGUAAAUAGAAGAAAUUGAUCAUAUUAUUGUAUCCUCCUCUGCUUGGUGCAUUUUUAGAUUUUGAUGAACUGUUUUUGGAUGUUUGAAAUUCAAGUAUUAGUGUGAAAGAAAAAGAAAGAGAAGAACAUCAGUGAGAUUUUACAACUACAGCUUAUCUAGUCUACGCCAUAAUCAGUAUGGGGACUUUACAAGGUAAGUCAUUGGUGAACUUGGAACAGUGGGAGCAGAUCUCAGCUUUCAUUGGUCCUUGCACUGUAUCGUGAGCAAAUUCUGUCACCUUAGUUGACCCUAAGUUCUGAUAAUGUUCUGUAUCAUACAUUCAUACUAAUGUUUGUAUGUGGAAGAUGUAGUUGAAGGUACCUUUAGCAGGAUUGCUUGAAGCUUGAAAGCAGUUAAGGGUUUCAUUUAUAACUUGUCUUUAUGUUUGUUGAGGAAUUACAUCAAGCGUUGUGUGAUACAAUGCAGAGAGUUUAGGGUAGUAGUUGUAGUGAAAUCUGUUGGACUUGGAAGGGUUGUGUUCAAAUUUUAAAGGGUUUUACAAUCUACACCAGUUGAUGAUAACCAAGAACUUUGAUUUAUGUUCUAGUGUGGUUAAGAGUGGAGUGGGAAACUGUUGCGUGUUCUGAAAUUGAAAAGGGUGUUUGCUUCUUAUGUGAUGCUAUGCUAAGAAAACUCUUUUGUGGAAAUACAACCAAGUAUGCGAGACAUUACAAAUCAGUUAGUUUGCUGACGUAAGAAACAUUAAAGAAAAGCUAAUUUGCCUUCGUACAUGUACUUAUUCUAAUGAUUUGGCAUGGGUAUGUCAUAUGAGUCCUACAGUCCAAGUGUUAUCUGUAUACACAUAUUUUGGGGUGGUUUUUCAAAGUUGAGGUCUCUGUACCAAAUCCUUGAUCAAGAUCUCAAAUCUGACAUGAGUACUCUAUUAGAAAGGAAGAGUCCAUGUAUGUUGUAAUCUAGCUUUUAAAAUUACGAUGUAACUGACUAACUGGUCUUGGGUGUUUGAUAUUUAUGUGUGGUGAGAAAAGGGAAGAAAAGAACAAAGGUGAGGUUUGAGAACUGGUUAAUGCUUAAAGUUAUUGCCAUUAUUAGUGAUCUAUCAGGACUUUUAUAUGGUAUGCUAUGUUUGAACAUUUAGAUGCAGAAUUUUUUUGGCCGGUGUACUUAGUCCGGAGAUGGCAAAAUUGUGGGCUGUCAUCAAAUUUGGAGUGAAUUUCUCCACCUAACCUGACUGUUAUGUCGUUGUCAUGUUCUGCAAUGUACUUUAUCAAACUGAUGUUUGAGUGAGGAGAUUAUAGUUAAAAGCUGCCCCUAAAGUCUUGAACAGAAUGGGUUGAAGCUUGAUCAUGUUAAGUGUUGGAUUAAUCAUUGUGCAGUUGUGUGUAACGACAUUAACUUUUAGAGGAGGGCCAUCUUCUAGUUAGGAACCAUGGAAAUGUCAAGUAACUUUUCCUUUCGAGAUGUUUCAACUUUCAAGUACCACAAGGGUGUAGUUUAUUGAGUAUUUUAGCAAUAAUAUCUGCACUCUUAAAUAGUCUUUCAAAACCUGCUCCCAUAUCAAGUUAAGGAUAGACACAUCCUAUUCUACUUGUCCGGGGGUGUUCCUGGGCUUAUGAGUUAUAUCAUGGUUGAAGCCAAUUCCAGCUGACGGGUAUAGGUAGCAUCAUCUUUAUUCCUGAUUUCCUGCUAAUGCAAUGAGUUGAGAUGAAUGUAAGGCUUUGGUUACUAGUCUCACUUUACUGAGAAAGAAAACUAAUUGAAGAUGUUGCGAGGAAAAACCCAAAUUCAGUUUCAGAAGAAGAGAAACAAUCCUACAUUGGUGGUGCUGCAAUUGGAAAGUGGUUGAUAUUGCAUCUCUAUAUUCUUCAUCAAUGCGUAUUCUGAAAUCUCCUUUGUACACAUGUUGAUGCAAUUCAUUAAAACCAUAAUUUUCUUGCAGUUUGUUUUUAGGUCACAAUAAAUGAGUCUGGGGGGUACCCUGAGGAUAAAAGUGCCUUUGGUUCAGCAAGAAUGCAUCUAACUUGUGGAUGUAGCUUAUGUCUCAUGGAUGUUGCUGGAGGCUGGCGCGUUGUUUUCUUGUAUUUUCGACAUCAAUUUUCCAUUUUUUUUUACUCUAUGUAAGGAAUGGUAAAGACUAAACGUUUUCUUGUAUUGGCAAUACUGUAUGAGCUUCUUCGAUUCAUUUACUAAGAAAAAUCAUAGUCGUGUGAGGUCUUAUUA